AUGACGGAUCCACAAGAUCACGACGUCCAGAUGGAGGACGACUAUGAUGAAGAGGCCGAUAGUGACUUUGACGCGGCAAGUGUUCAGAGCGCAGACUCAGCGUCAUCAUCCGAAGUCGAAGAAGAAGCCGAUUCCCAAGCCAAUUCUCGUGCAAAAAAGAGACGGCGAGUUGAUCAAACCCCUCUCGUCCCGGAGCCACUUGAGUUGGACUCCGGGGACGAAGCCACAAUCAAAGAGCAGAAGAAAACACGCAAAAAGCAGAUCAAGAAAGGCGAAGACGUUCCCGAUGAAGAGGGAGACGACUCACAGGGCUGGAGAGCCCGCACUCGUGCCAUGCGCGAACGAGACAAGGAAGAGCGGAAACAGAACAAACUUGCUUCCAUUCAGGGCAGUACAAUCGACGUUGACAGGCUGUGGGAGGAGAUGAAUCGCCCUGAUGCCCCGACCCCUGUUCCUGUAUCUGUGCCGCAAACAGACGACACAGAGUCUGCACAGAACGACCCAACCACCGCGGACAAAGAACACAUCCAGUCCUAUAAGCCAGAGAUGAUCACAAUCAAAAGAACCUACAAGUUUGCUGGCGAGGUUCAUACCGAGGAGAAGUCGGUACUCAAAGACUCUGCGGAGGCAAAGCUUUGGCUGGCUCAACAACCGACAAAGGCCCUGGCCGUUGAUGCCGAAGGCAAAACCAUUCAUCGACCGCUCAGGAAAGUGUCCCGCUUUGACCCGAAUUUCAGCAACCUGGCAGCAUUCCAUGGCAAUUGGACCUCGGCUCAAAAGGCCGCGACGGGUCCGAAGUUGAACGUGGUAGAGAAGAGUAAGAUGGAUUGGGCUGUGCAUGUCGACGCAGAGGGUCUACAAGCGGAACUCACCGAGCAUGCCAGAGCCAAAGACAGUUAUCUAAGCCGCGACGACUUCUUGCGUUCGGUGUCUCAGCGUCAAGACGCAGAAGCCCGCGCGGCCAGACUACGGGGCAAAUAA